CUCCCACGGACUGUCGUAGCCCUAAACUUUGCUGGUGGUUGGAGAAGUUGUUCUUCUAGCUCCAGCCUACACUGAGGUAGACAGUUUGAGCUGUUCCACCGUCCACCUGUACGACCCUGCUGCCCAUCUGUGACCUCCACUCAGCCUCUCCUGUCACUAUGGACGAUUCUUCAGAGCAGUCCCACUGGGUGUCUCCGUCUCUGCUCAGCUCAGACCCUCUGGCCAGUUUCUCCUCCGAUCCCGGCCUGCUGCCUCCGGGAGAGGAGGCCGAGCCCUUCUUCUCCGGCCAAGACACCGACUACACCAGCCUGCCCUCUUUCUUCUCAAACACCAACCACAGCCGAGCUCCGUCCACCUACAGACACAGCUCGGUUCGGCAGGUGUUCACCUCACCGAGCCUCCUCAGCAACCUCCAGCUGCUGGACACUCCGCCCACCCACUCCCUCAGCUCCCCCUACAACCCUCCGGCCUCCACUUGGAGCCCUCUGACCAAAACCUCGCUACACUCGCACACCCCGGCCUCCCUCUACACCCCUGGAAUCUCCUCGUCGUUCACCAACUCCAGAGAUGGAUACUCGUCUCCGAGCAGGGAUGGCAGGGAGGAGAGUCCACGGCUUCAGGAGGCCCUGAAGGCGGAGCGUCUGAGCCCACUGGGGUCGGGGGCCAGCAGCAGCUUCCUGAACCUGACUCCUGCAGCUGGAAGUGUGUACACUCCAUCAUCACACCCACACAUGUUGAGUCCUUACAGCUCAUAUAUGAGCAGUCCACAGGAUUACGGCUCUACUCCCCUGUACUCCAGCCCCGGAGCCUGGAUCAACCCCUCGUACUCCCCGAAACUUCGCAACAAGAUGAGGAUAUCCACUCCAGAGGCCAGAGAGUGUGUAAACUGUGGAGCCACAGCAACCCCUCUGUGGCGUCGUGAUGGUACAGGCCACUACCUGUGCAACGCCUGUGGACUGUACCACAAGAUGAACGGUCAGAACAGACCCCUGAUCCGGCCCAAAAAGAGACUGAUUGUCAGCAAGCGUGCAGGUACAUUGUGUGCCAACUGUCACACAAGCACGACAACACUGUGGAGACGCAACGCCAGUGGAGAGCCAGUGUGCAACGCCUGCGGGCUCUACUUUAAACUGCACAAUGUAAACCGGCCUCUCACCAUGAAGAAGGACGGCAUUCAAACACGCAACAGGAAGGUCUCCAACAAGAACAAGAAGAGCAAGAAGGCCGCCUUGCUGGAGCCGUACUCGGAGGCGACCCAGCCCACCUCCCUGGACGACAACACCGGGCCCUUCUCCCUCGGCCCGGGGACUCUGCUGACCUACAGCCACAUGCCUCACCUCGUCCCUACGCCAUCCCCCCUCCACCCCUCAGCCAGUCUACCCUACACACACCACCUCAACACCGGCAUGGUGCCCACUCUGGUGUGACAGAACAGGCACCUGCUUACACUCAGGAAUCUGCAUAUUUGCGUGCUUGUUUGCCUGUUUGUUUGUUUUUUUAAAUAUGGAUUUGUACAUAGUGGUUUCUUCACUGGAUGUCAGUUUGUGUUUAUGCUCACUGUAUUUUAUUAGAAAACAUGUUGUGUUCAUAUUAUCCUUGUUUGAAGCCAGAUAAAAUCACUCCGCUGAGGUAGCCGCACUGAUAGGGGGAGUUCUUUCAGCUGUAAAUACCAACACAAAUCAGAUUUGACGGUGUGGUGAUCCCUCUUUAAUGACUGAAAAUGUGAAACUUUAGCUUUGUGUUGUGUUUUGCGGGUCUGUUUUGUAUUUGCGUAAGUGAUAUUACUGCAUUGAAGCGCUACGGAGAAAAUAAUAAAAUGCGUUUUGUGACUUA